ACAAAAUUUGUGUGUACUGCAUAUUCUACACAGAAAACAUGCUAUGCAAUACAGACUAAACCAAUCUGUUUCCUUACUAAUAAGUGUCAAAUCAGUUACAAUUAAAGUGUUCGAAUAAAGAAAAGAUCGGAAUCAGUAUAUGACCGUUACAUAUUCUCAUUUUCUAUUGCGCGAAAUGUUACAUUUCACAGUUGUAAGUUAUUUGUUGUGUACAGUUUUUAAACAAUGAUUUCUUUUAUACAUUCAUCACUUGACUAUAUAUAGUCAAGAUUUUGCAUUAAUGUGGUUCGUUGAAUAAUACAACGUGUGUAAUAUACAAUCAUGAGACGAUGAAGGAAUGUUGCCAAACUCCGUUAAUCCGAGAUACCACUGAGUGCCAGUCCGUUCAUAUCCAAGGUGUAUAUAAUACACAUCGAAACCUAGUGGUUACGCCAGUGUAUCUCUUCGCGCGGUAAACGCCAACGGUGCGGCUGACUACAAACAUUUUCGGAGUUUUCGGACGUUCUUACCUGUUUCCCGUUUCACUCAUUUCGAGGAAACCCGUGAACUAUUGUCCUAGUGCAACGGAUCGCGUCGUAAUUACUCCAGCUAUUUCCAGCGAAAGUUGACGGCUUUCUAAAAUGAAAGUUUAUAUGUAAAUAUUAUUAUCGUCGUCUUGCUAUGUUUUCGUAUAAGACUUCGGCAAGUGAAGUAAUUACUUCGAGUGUGUAACUUAUGCGACGAAAAUAAUAGCGAUCAGAUAGUGUGUUUGUUAAGCGAGGAUGCGACAGAUAGUUGUUGUGGUUCUAAAUAGCACUAAGAAACUUAAAAAUGUUCAUGCUACGUUGAAAGUCUUUUUGUUUACAUAAGAUGGGAAGAGCAACGGUUGUUGAUUAGAACCGAGAUAAUUAUAAUAUCAUAUUUUUUAUGUGAGUCAUAGUGUUUCUUUCUCACAGUUCGAUAUCUUGAAGGAUUAAUCGCGUUAAGUGGUGUUCCGGUACAAAGUCACACGACGAUCUAAAAUUUCAGUCAAUGAGAUUCGAUCAUGUCAGUCAAGCAAAACGAAAUAAAAAUUAAUGAGAAUGAGGUACAAGCAAAGGAGAAAAAGGAAAGUGAACAAAGUUCGAGCGAAAAUUUUGACCCGCCUGAUGGCGGUUGGGGUUGGAUCAUUGUAUUAGCCGCUGGAUUUUCAAAUUUUUGUAUAUUAUCAAUGUUACAAUCCUUUGGAUUAGUAUUCAGAGAUAAACUCGCGGAGUUGGGUAUCAGUACGUCUCAAACGACAACGAUAAUAAAUAUAAAUUACGCUGUAACUUCUUGCAUAGGAUUAAUAAAUGGCCCACUGUUUAGGAAGUUUAGUUUCAGACAGGUAGCCUUCGUGGGUGCUCUUAUCUGCGCUACGUCGGUUACAAUAUUGUCAACUAUGAAAACUUUCGCCGGGCUCAUAGUUUUCUUUUCCGUUUUAUAUGGUAUCGGAGUCGGUAUAACAUUGUCAUCGAAUGCAUUAGCUUUAAACACUUACUUUAAACAGAAAAGGAGAGUAGCAACGGGUUUCAGUUGGACCUGUACGGGACUGGGUCCUAUUAUACUACCGCAGAUAAUUACAUUAUUGAUGCCUAAAUAUGACGUCGAAGGCACUACCCUUAUUAUUGGUGGUCUUACAUUUAACGCAGUCGCAUGUACUCUUUUGCUGCAACCGGUGUCCCGACAUAUUAAAAAGAAACGAAAUACAAAUCAGUUAAGUAAUAAUGGUGACUUGGAGUGUAAAGACUCGUCAACAUACGUAAAGGUGAAUACAGAGCCACCAGAUCAAAAUAAACAAAAUACCUAUGAAGCUAAAGCUUUAGCAAACGUUUCUGAAAGUAGGCGAUACAGUUAUGGUGCCUUAAGCCUGGCGACGGAGAAAUUCGGAAGUCAGUAUUUGUAUUAUGACGAUGAAGAAGAUGGUGCUUCCGGUAUAGACGUAAUGGGUCCUGAUAUACUCAUGAUGUCACGAGCUAAUGAUGGAUGGUUUUCUAGAAAAAAUACUUCAACUGCAUCAAUUGCAUCAAGAGUAUCAAAGAAGGAAGAUGUUUCUAGAAUUCCCAGUCGGAGGACAUCAUUAAUAAGUAGACAAUCCAGUUUUAGUAGAGGGUCGUCGAUGAAAAAUGUUACUAGACAACUUAGUGAAACUGAGACUUAUCGAAGAAGAACUUCCGGGUAUCAAUCAUCUGUACCACCGCGCGUUAUUAUGAAUGAAUUUAGCGACAAAGCCGAUAAUCUUAAAGAUCUACACAGCAAUCGAAUAGCGGAAGAAACUACAGUCAUACCUGAGGAAGUAGAAUCCGAUCAAUUAUUAAAUCAAGAAUCAGUUGAAGAGAAACGGAAAACAUGGUGGGAAACUGUGAUCAUAUUUUUCGACUUGGAUCUCCUUCGUGAUCCCAUUUACGUGAAUUUGAUGGUUGGCGUCACUCUUGCCAGUUUCACGGAAAUAAAUUUCUCGCUGCUGACACCGUUUAUUUUAAGCGAAUACGGGUUCACGAAAAUCCAGGUUGCUACAUUCAUGUCGAUCCUCGCUGGUGUUGACGUUCUUACCCGAUUAACGAUUCCCUUUAUAGCCGAUUUCAUUGGCUGGAGCAACAGGACUUUCUUCCUCGUUGGCAUAUGCCAAAUGGCACUCGGUCGUAUAGUAUUAGCUCACGUGCAACAUUUUGGAGUUUCAUUAGCGAUCUCAGUUUUGGUGGGCGUUGGUAAAGGUUUACGUACGAUUUUCAUGGCCCUCGUGAUCCCGAGCCACGUCCCUUUAUCAAGGCUACCUGGUGCAACCGGUAUACAACUGUUAACCAGUGGCAUAGUCGCGUUAUUAUUGGGUCCUGUUAUCGGUUGUAUUAGAGACAUUACAUCGAAUUACACGAUUAUGCUACACUUUCUAAAUAUCCUAACGUUUUUCACUACAAUUACGUGGUGCAUCGAGACUUACAUCACCAGACGGAAAUCCAAGAUGGCGACAGCAACGAAAGAGAAACCGGACAAACCGUUGGAUGUUUGAAGUUCUAUACAGUACGAUCUUUGUAAUGAAGUGAACAAAUAAAGAACAAGUAUUUUAUAUUUAUUGAAUAAUAGGUAUUUUUGGUAAUUAUUUACAACACCGACAUUCGAAUAUGCCCGGGAAUAGAGAGUUUUCGUACUCAUUCAC